GGUGACCAAACCAACACCCGUUUGCUCAGGAUCAAAGUUGUUGAAGGUGUCAAUCUCGCAAGAAAGGAUAUAUUUGGGGCAAGUGAUCCGUAUGUAAGAAUAUCAUUAUAUAAAGGUGAUAGAGAAGAUGGACUUAUUGAUAUCAAACAAACUAAAACAAUAAAAAAGAGUUUAAAUCCAAAAUGGGAGGAAGAAUUUAUUUUUAGGGUCAAUCCGCGUGAUAAUAAAGUUAUAUUUGAAGUCUUUGACUCCAAUAGAGUGACUAGAGAUGAUUUUCUGGGAUUGGUGGAAAUUAACUUACAACAUACAUAUGUUCUGGCAGAAAUAGCAGGAAGAGAAAUACCAACCAAAAGUUUUGUUCUUCGACCUCGAAGCACCAGGUCAAGAGUUCGAGGUCAUCUCACACUAUAUUUAGGUUAUUUACCUACUGAAUCUGCUGGCACAGAUGAAGUUACACCAGCUCAGCCUUCAACAGAGCCUGGUUGGGAAAUGGUUGAUAUGAACAAUGCUUUGAAUGAAACUGGUGCAUCUGGUCCUGUACCUAAUGAUAGAAGAAGUUCAGUAAGAGAAGAACAGCUACAACCUCUGCCUCCAGGAUGGGAACAACGAGAAGAUGCUCAGGGCAGAACAUACUAUGUCAACCACAAUCAAAGAAGAACACAAUGGGAACGACCCAGAAUACAGUCUGUGAACACAAAGCCAUGCUAUCAAAUCGUUGUACACUCAAUACAAGAAGAGUGGGUAUUGCAGUCAAGGUAUAAGUACAAUGUUUGUAAUAGCUUCUCAUUGUGUAGAUGUUGCAUGCCAAAAUUUAAUAUUAAUCAUACAAAAGAUCAACACAAUUAUUUUGAAGCGGUACAUUCUUGUACAGUCAAACUUGUACUAAACGGUCAAUGUUUAUGUUUGCUUACAGAGGACUGCCCAAAUAGUUUAUUGUCCAUCAUCAAAGAAGUUAUAUCACAUUCAAAAAGUACUGUGGCAGUUUUGACUUGCAAGUUAGCGUGUUUAUAUUGGGUAUUUUGCAAAAAUAAAUCCGUGUAUUUUGUACACAGUGACAAUGCUUUACCAGAGGGUUGGGAAGAACGGCAAGAUGCUAACGAAAGAACUUAUUAUGUUAAUCAUAUAACACGAAAAACAAAAUGGAUUAGACCUACUUUUUGUCUAAUUUUUAAUUUUAUGAUAUACAUUGAUACCAACAGGACACAACAAGUAUCUGAUCAAGAAUUACAACAACAAAGAAGUCUAGAAUUAGCUGAGAUGUAUGCACAUAGACGUCAUGUUAGUCAGGAAGAUACGUUAAGUGUUGAUUCAACCACAGACUUAUCUGCUUCACGGACACCUACACGAACACAUAGUGUUUCAACACCUAGUUCUUCAUCUGAAGAUCCACGAAAACACAGACCAUCAUCUAUUCAUGCUUCCUCUUGCACAACUUCACCAAUUCACAGACCAUCAUCUAAUGAAGAUCUUGCCACAAAGUUGGGCCCAUUGCCGUCUGGAUGGGAAGAAAGAGUACAUGCAGAUGGUCGUGUCUUUUAUAUUGAUCACAAUACACAUCAAACCCAGUGGGAAGAUCCUAGAUUAAAGAAAUUAGGUGGUCCAGCUGUUCCAUAUUCUAGAGACUACAAAAGAAAAUAUGAUUAUUUUAGAUCCAAAUUACGCCGACCAGUCAACGCACCAAAUAAAAUUGAUAUUAAAGUUACUAGGAAGAAUGUAUUUGAAGAGUCUUAUAGAUAUGUUAUGAAUAUUAAAGAUACAGAGCAUUUAAAAACAAGGUUAUGGAUAGAAUUUGAUGGUGAAACAGGUUUAGAUUAUGGUGGUGUAGCUAGAGAAUGGUUUUAUUUAUUAUCUAAAGAAAUGUUCAAUCCUUAUUAUGGUCUGUUUGAAUAUUCAGCCACAGACAAUUAUACAUUACAAAUCAACCCAUUAUCCUGGAUGGCCAAUGAAGAACAUUUAUCAUUUUUUGAAUUUAUUGGUCGUGUUGCUGGUAUGGCCAUUUAUCACGGCAAAUUAUUAGAUGGCUUCUUUAUUCGUCCAUUCUAUAAGAUGAUGUUAAGAAAACCUAUAACAUUACGUGAUAUGGAAUCUGUGGAUUCUGAAUAUUAUAAUUCAUUAAUAUGGAUACAAGAUAACGACCCUGAAGAUUUAGAACUCCAUUUUUCUGUAGAGGAAGAUCAGUUUGGAGAGAUUCAAGAAUUUGAAUUAAAAGCAAAUGGAGCCAAUAUUAGAGUUACAAAUGAAAAUAAAUUAGAAUAUAUAAAAGAAGUUAUUAAGUAUAGAUUUGUGUCUCGUGUUGAGUCUCAGAUGAAAUCAUUAAUGAAAGGUUUUAAUACCAUCAUUCCACAGAAUUUGAUACAAAUAUUUGAUGAAAAUGAAUUGGAGUUAUUGAUGUGUGGAUUACAAGAUAUAGAUGUUAAUGAUUGGAAAUCACAUACCUUAUAUAAAGGAGAAUAUAAUCCUAAUCACCCAACAGUCAUACAUUUCUGGAGGGUUGUAUAUUCAUUCCACAAUGAAAUGAGAGCCAGAUUGUUACAGUUUGUCACUGGUACCUCUCGUGUUCCUAUGAAUGGUUUUGCUGAAUUAUAUGGUAGUAAUGGUCCACAGUUAUUUACUAUAGAAAAAUGGGGCAAAACAGCUCAAUUACCUCGUGCUCAUACAUGUUUUAACAGAAUAGAUCUACCACCCUAUGAUUCUUAUCAAGAAGUUCGGUCAAAAUUAGUUUUAGCUCUAGAGAAUACACAAGGUUUUUAUGAUGUAGAUUAA